AUGCUGGAGCCGAGCGAUCCGGCAGAAAAGUGGUUUACAACUGAAGGGUCCUUCGCAUCCAGGGCACGAUUUAUUUUCUGCAGGCGAUCGAGGAUGGAAUUGAGAUUCGAGAUGGAAUCCGGCGUGGCGAAGGACACCACCAAGGCUCGAUGGACUCGUGGCGAGGAGAGGAUAGAGGUGAAGGAAAGGACUUGGGCAUUGAGGGAUCCCCCGAAUGGAGAGUUUUAG